GUUCUUUGUUUGCUUUUUUUUGCUUGGCGGUCUUCUCCAAACUCCAGACUCCAUGACACUUGGUCAGUUUGCUCGGAUUGCCGUACGUUCCGUCCAGGCCCCACCGAUUGCUGCGUCCAACAGUCGCCACCAGCUAGCUUCUUUCGUCGUGAAACGGACAUUCGCAUCCCCCUCUACCAUGGCAAACUGUGUGAGGGAAAUCGAAGGUGACCUCUUCAGCGCUCCCAAGGACCACUCGCUGGCGCACUGCGUUGCCGCUGAUCUAAAGAUGGGCGCCGGUAUUGCGGUCCGGUUCAAGCAGCUGUACGGAAAGGUGGACGAACUGCAGGCCCAAAACGUUGGCGUUGGAGGAGUGGCCGUGUUACCGGACGGUCCACAGCGAUACGUGUACUAUCUCAUCACCAAGAAAACGUACAACCUGAAGCCUACGUACGACGAUCUGACCAGCUCGCUGCAGGCAAUGAAAGAACACAUGGCGGCGAACGGUGUUGGAAAGCUGGCCAUUCCACGCAUUGGGUGCGGUAUUGAUGGGCUCGAGUGGGGCAAGGUAAAGCAAAUCCUGAACACCGUAUUCGGCCAGAAUGGUUCCUACGAAAUCGUCGUGUACAACUUUAUUCCAAAGUAAUCGGAUGUGAGGUGAAACGCCGAAUGUUCCUUACGUGCGUAAAAUAUUCAACAAGCAAAUAUAGUGAUAAAAUAAUCUACAAACACAA